AAGUGGGCCGGGGUCUUGAACGUUUAGUUGUAGUAUCUGAGCUGUUCGUUUUAUGCCCAAGAUAAUGCCACGACGUAGAAGUUGUGCGUCUUACAAUUCCAGAGAUGUAGACAAUACUGGUGUGAAAGUUGUCUUGAGUGCGCAUCACUUGGACCUUGCGCAUGAGUCAAAUUUUCAGACACUCGCUCCAAGUAGUUGGGUAGAGGACAAGACAGCGGAACGCAGGAGCGAGUGUGACCCGUGCGCAAUCGUGGAACUCCGGUUAGGACCAGGACUCCGGUAUAUCGAACCGGACCAGAGCGCCAUAGAAAGAGCGCAGAGGCGUCGCCGCAUGGCAGCCAACGCCCGGGAGAGGAGGAGGAUGCUGGGUUUGAACGUUGCCUUCGACCGCCUACGGAGCGUCAUACCCAACCUGGAGAGCGACAAAAAGCUAUCAAAGUCAGAGACACUUCAGAUGGCGCAGAUCUACAUAUCCACUCUCAGCGAGUUGUUACAGGACAAUGCCAGUGUUACGGAACUCAGCACCGAUCAGGACCAGAUCAGGCCGGACCAGGUGAACACAAGCCCACGAGAGCCCUCCCAGGUGAACUCUACAGAGCAGGGCUCGAACAACGACCUACCUGACCCGGACUCAAAUGGUCAGCUAGGUAUUGACAAAGACAAUCGAUGCUCGACUCGCACGCAUUGUGAUGACGAGAAAGGCGACUUCAGAGGUUUUAUGAACUUCUGGGAGAGGACGAAUGGGGCAAAGUAA